AUGCUGAAAAAGACUCUCUCGGCCGUGGCGUGGCUCUGCAUUUUCCUCGUGGCCUUUGUCAGCCACCCAGUUUGGCCACAGAAGCCCCCUAAGCGCAAGACCCCGGCAGAGCUCACCGCAGCCACCUGCUGUGAGGAGGCAAAGGCGCUCCAGGCCCAGAUCACCAACCUGAGCAGCCUGCUGAGCGACCUGGGCAAGAAGCAGGAGAGGGACUGGGUCAGCGUGGUCAUGCAGGUGAUGGAGCUGGAAAGCAGCGCCAAGAGCAUGGAGACGCGGCUCACUGAGGCCGAGAGCAAGUACUCCGAGAUGAACAACCAGAUCAGCAUCAUGCAGCUGCAGGCAGCGCAGACGGUCACCCAGACCUCGGCAGAUGCCAUCUACGACUGCUCAUCCCUCUACCAGAAGAACUACCGCAUCUCUGGAGUAUAUAAGCUUCCUCCUGACGACUUCUUGGGCAGCCCUGAACUGGAGGUGUUCUGUGACAUGGAGACUUCAGGUGGCGGCUGGACCAUCAUUCAGAGACGCAAGAGUGGCCUCGUCUCCUUCUACCGGGACUGGAAGCAGUACAAGCAGGGCUUUGGCAGCAUCCGUGGGGACUUCUGGCUGGGCAACGACCACAUCCACCGGCUCUCCAGGCGGCCCACCCGGCUGCGUGUGGAGAUGCAGGACUGGGAGGGCAACAUGCGCUACGCCGAGUACAGCCACUUUGUUCUGGGCAACGAACUGAAUAGCUACCGCCUCUUCCUGGGGAACUACAGCGGCGACGUGGGGAAUGACGCCCUCAUCUAUCACAACAACACAGCCUUCAGCACCAAGGACAAGGACAACGACAACUGCCUGGACAAGUGUGCCCAGCUCCGCAAAGGUGGAUACUGGUAUAACUGCUGCACAGACUCCAACCUCAAUGGCGUCUACUACCGCCUCGGGGAGCACAACAAGCACCUGGAUGGCAUCACCUGGUAUGGCUGGCACGGCUCCAGCUACUCCCUCAAACGAGUGGAGAUGAAAAUCCGCCCGGAAGACUUCCAGCCAUAA